AGAAACUAUAGACGUAGGUGAAUACUACAUAUUGAGUGCUCUGCUGUCUAGCGAAUGUAGCGAAAUUGAAUUGGAUAGGUUAUGCUAUAUCUUAUUCGAGAUAUUGCGUUUCUAGAACAAUAUUAGAAUUGUGCGAGUGAAAAUAUCUGAGACCUUUCUAAAAAAAUGAUUUGUGUUCAGAAGAAUUGAAGCAUAAAACAGAACUAUGUUCAUCAACCGAUAAAGUGACAGUGAAUUUACUAGUCCGUACGGUAGAGGCUAAAAGAUCAUACAUUCCUGAAAAGAAAAUAAUGGAAAACCAUUACGCCGAUUUAUUUCGUAUCACCUUUAUGAAAAACUGUUUUGUCCUAUUUCUUUCCUUCACGGCAGCGAGAAGCGCACCGCACGAAGUGACACCGAAUAUUAUAGACAUUAUGAAGAAUGACUCGAAUCUAUGCCCAGCAUUUAAAUUUAUAUAUGAGUCAGAAAAUGUAAAACCAUGUGCAUCCGUGACAUAUCCUGUGACAUAUUGGAAAUAUAAUCCAGAAACUUUAAAUAGUUUCCUGUGUUUAGGAGUUUAUGACACAGCAUACAAGAUUUGCCAAUAUUCUAGUCAGUUGUCAAUUCCUCUUAAUAGUACUGCAACAUUCAAUUCAUAUGUGGAAAAAUAUGUUCCUAAUGAUGAUAAAGCCAAGGAAGAUUUUUGCAACAAUUUACAAGGACUUACAUCACUGUAUACUAAAGUAGAUCAAUUUUGGAGGCCAUUGGUCCAAAGUCUUAAUAGACGUCACACAUGUGAACGGAUAUGCUUUGACUUUCAAAAUAAUUUUCGUCCACUAUGCGCAGUAUUUGCUUGGAUCAAAAGUAUUGAUGAUGAUAUGAUGAAAAGAGUAAAUAAGGUAGAAACGAAAUACGAUUCUCUUGCAACUGAUAAACCGCAUGUAAGCCAGUCAAAGGGUGAGAUAACAAGUAUUGAAACUAAUCCAAUUGAAGCUAAAAAGAUAGAAAUAAAAGAAUUUAAAGAGCAGGACAGAAAGCAAAUUACAGCAGGUUUGAACAACAAUAAUAAUAAUGUUAAAGAAGAUAACUUAAAUAUGCCGCCUAGUAAUCCACUUCUCGCAGACAGCGAAAAAUUGGAUGAGGAAAAAACAAAAUCUGAUACUGAAAAAGUAAAUACCAUCCAAAAGAAGAUAAAUAAUACCUCAGAGACACAAGUUCAUAAAUUAUCUUCAACAUUUAAAGAAAAUAAACCGAACAGCGUUAGUACUGAACUCGGCGCUAAUGCUGAAACAAAACCCAUAAAAAAUAUUCCUUCAAACGGUGAUUCACAAGCACCAUCAAGAAAUAAUGCUAUAAAUAAUAAGGUUGCAAAUGAAGAAGACGCAGAGAAAUCUAAAGGGCAAAAUAUUGACGAUAUAAAACCAAGUACAAUAUCGGAAAAUACACAAGAGCAUUAUGAUGCUGGGAAUCCUGAUGAUAAUUUGGAAAAUGAUGGACUAGAUGAUAUAGAUGAUACAAUUCAACAUCCAGAAACAGGAAAUCAAAAUGAAAAUAUACAAGAAGUCUCUGAACGGAAGAAUAAUAAUGCUAGAAUAGAGUAUUCCAACAUGAGAGUGGAAGAUGAUUCUCAUUUCUUUACUUAUUUUACUGUGAUUACCUUGGCGUGUCUUGCUGGAUAUAUAGGUUAUCAUAAUAAACAGAAGAUACUUGCUAUUGUAUUAGAGGGUCGAAGAUCAAGAAACAAUCGUAGUAGACGGCGACCGAGUACAGCCAGCUACCGAAAACUGGAUUGUACACUUGAAGAAGCCGUUACGUCGCAAUGUAAUGCUAAUGUUACUCAUGUCAUAUAUUAAUGCGAGUAGAAUAUUACAAAUUUUAUAAUGUCUGUAUUAUAGUAUAACAACUGUAAUAUAUUUUGUAUUUAAGCACACGUACUUUCAGUAUAAUAUUAUUUAAUUUUCUAAAAGUUUUAUAUUUUGGCAAUGAAACGAUCCGCAAUAAUAAUGAAACUUAUGAAUAGUAUAUGAUAUAGCAAUGAUAUAAUAAUGAUUCGAUAUCAGAGAAUCUAAUUAAGUAAAAAUUUUUUUUACAUUAUAUCAAGAGUUAAACGUUUGAUUUAUUUAUAAAACUUAAUGAUGUGAUAUCGGAGAAUGUAAUUAAGUAAAUAUUUUAUAUUGAGUUAAAUAUUUGAUUUAUACAACUUUCAUUAUGUUACGAUUAAUUUCAAGCAAACAAAUUGUAGUAUGUUUACAAAUUGGCAUCGAUUGUGUCAUAAAACUACAUUACUUUGCUAUAUUUCUGUUAGUAUUCUAUCAAUAUCAAAUGUCAGAUUCUAUAUCAAAUUAUUUCUGUUGACAAAGUACCAGACACUUUAUAAAAUGUUUCCGACAGACUUUGCUGUAUUAACCUAUUGUUGAAGUUCGCAAAAGUUUUCAAUUUUGAUUAAAAAAAGAAUAUAAUCAAAUAAAAUAUGGAAAGUUAUUAUUAUUUUUUGUUUAAUAUAUUUCUAGCUUUUAAUGGCGUGUUAUUCAUGCACAAUUAAAGUAUACUGCAUAAUAUUAAGAAAACAACAUAUUAUACGUAUUUCAAAUUUAGCAAUUUAUGAAGAAACAUAAUACGAUAUAAUUAUGACUAAAUAUGACACGCUAAAUAUGGCUAAUCAUUGAUAAAACUCACUAUUAGACAAUCUGUCGAUUAUAAAUAGUUGUUAAUUAAUUUAAUGAUAUAACAGUUGAUCACUUGAUGUAGUACACGCAAUUUCUAAUCGAUACAUUUAUAUUUUAUUUCUAAUCAAUACUAUAUGACACGUUAUAUCGCCAUAAUUUAUAAACUACAAAUUAAUCUAAUUACUUUAUGUUGCUUAUUUUAUUAUCAAUGUUCCUCCGUUUGGUAAGUGAAAUUUUAGAAAGUUUCACGAUGAAUCUUUUUAAUCCGUCAAUUUGAAGUGCUUGAAAAUGGGUCUAGUUAUCUUGGCGAAAAAUGAAAAAAAAAGUGAAAACAAUUACACGCGUAUCGCUGAAAAACUUGUUGGUAUGCUAUUUCGUCUUUUACGAAAUUUAAAUACAAUCUAAUAUUCAAGUUUUUUUCUCUUCUUUUUGACGAUGUUCUGAAUUACAGUUAGAAUUAUUAUAUAUAUAUAUUUUUAGGCUCUUCUUAUAACACAUAUUGUAUUUUGCAAAUGCAUUUUUAUGUUAGGUUUUUAUUUUUAUAUUAGCUCUCUAUUUUAGAAGUUAUUCCGAGACAUUGAUCGGUUGAACUGAGAUAUCUGAUCGGUUUGGUAAUUUUUGUAUGCAGGUGUAAUGUGAUGUUCUAAUCAAUCUCUUUCAACAUCGUUUAAUGUCGUCAAACUAUUAUUAUUUGUCAUGUAUUUAUAAGUGCUUUAUUUCAUAUAUAAGCUAUUUAAUUUUUUCUUUUAUUUCUACUUAUUUGUAUGACUUGAUUAAAUUGGUCCAGUAAUAAUAUCAUUUGAUUUUUUCUCAAGUUUGUUUUACUAUGUAAAUGAUUUCUUUUAAACCCAAUCUUAAAUCUUCUCUGCUAUGUUUUUGAAUUUUUACUAGUAAGUUGUAUUCGUCUUCAAAUUUCUCGUAUGAGAUAUACUGAAUUCCUGAUUCAAUCGGUGACAGUUAAUUUUUCAAGCAAUUUAAUUGAUUGAUCUCUGAUACUUUUGAUUUACAAAUAGUAUAUGUACUUUAUUUUAUGUGCUGCAAUAAUAAUGAUUUCAUCCAAGUUAUAACUAGCAGAAUACAGAAAAUUAUAAGAUAAAUUUAUUAUCUAAGAAAUUUUGUAUUUUAACUUUUCUGCUUCUAUAUGUUCUCCGUAAAUGUCAGAAGUAUUAUUAAGUCGUGAAAUUUUGUUGUUGAAAACUAGUAUCUUUAUAUCUUUUUCAAAUCUCUCUUUAGAUGCUUGAAUUUCUUUUUUUAUACUUAUUAAAUAUAAUAAUUUGUUUGUAUUAAUACUUAAUAUUCUCUUGAUAAAUGAAUGUAUUUCUUUAUCUUACUUUACUAUCUAAUAGUUAUAUGUUAUAUUAUUACACAUUUUUGUCUUUGUUCAUCUAUAUUCUACAAAAAUAAAAUUUAUUAUGCGAUUUUAGAUACGUGCUAUAAUUUUUUGUAUUAUUACACAAUCUUAAAUCUUGAAUAUUUGCUAGAAGAAUUACUUAAUUAUAAAGGUAAUAUUAAUAUUCGGUAAUUACCGCUAUAUUUUUUAGCAAAAAACCGUCCAAUUAUAUUCAAUUAAAAUUUGCUACCCUUGUAAAUCUUUACAUGCAAUUUACAAUGGAUUUAAUAAUAGUAUAUGAAAUAAAUAGUAUCAUAAGAGAUAUGUAUGCGUGUGUGUUUAUGUGUGUGAGAAUUAUAUUUUUAAUUAAAAAAGGCAUCUUUAAUACCUAGUUACUAUAUUUUUCCAGAAGUCUGUAAUGUUAACUUUAAUAUACUUCAUUAUUAUUACCGCAAUAAAAAAGAAAUAUAUAUA